ACGUUACUCUUGUUUACAGAUACAAAUUGAAAAAGCACGCUGUAGACGUGUGUUAUGUCUGUACUAUCAGCUGCUAUGCUACCUGUAAACAGAAGCCACGUGACAAUCUGUCGGGCUUUGCAGCAUCGGGACGAAUGACGGCUGAGUUAGAGGAAGUUACUGGGAGCAGCUGUGCUAGCAUGUAACCUUACACGAGUUGGAUACAGCAUUGCAGUAAGAGAUAGGAAGGCAGCAGCAUUCAUGGAUAUUGUGGACACCUUUAACCAUUUAAUACCCAGUGACCAGUUGGAUGAGUCCCUGGUAACUGGUCAGAAUUUGGAAUGUGAAGCCAGUAAUGAGUUUGGGCCAGGACUCCGACUGGAAGAUUCACUGAAAAACAUGCUCAGUGACAAAGACCCCAUGUUUGGAUGUGCAAGCUCUCAGUUUAAUCUGCUGGACAAUGAGGACUCCACUUUUCAAAUUGCUGGCUCAACAGGUCUCAGUGAUGGUUUAGCAUCCACAGGCCUCAGCAGUGAAGUGACAGUUGCAGAGACCCAAGUCAAGCGACCUUUUGGCAGGCAGAAAAAACGUCCACGUAAUUUUUUAGAAUACGAGUAUAGCAGUGGUCCACAACCUAACAAAUCCCCCAGCACCAUGCCCCGAGGACGACCUGGAAGGAAACCAGCAAACAGGCUACAGAAGUCCUUUCUUAUUGAGAAAGGAGUUAAAGGCACCCAGCUGAAGAAAGAAUUAAUUCUGGGAGGGCGUAUUAAUGUUAAUGAUCUUGAUGGUGGAUUAUGGCUGAAUCCUUCUGUUGUAUUGAGACGAUUAACAGUCACAAUUGCGGGAUUCAGGAUUGAACUGCUUCCAGGGCCCUCUUACACACAAAAUGUUGAAGGGAGCCAGUCUGCGUGUCUUGAAGGUGGUUUUUCAUAUGCUGGGGACAUUGGGUUUGCCGUGUUGCCAGAUGAUUCUGUCAGUGUACAGAAUCCCACCCCUGAGAAUGUGGCAGAGGUGAAUGUAAUUGCAAAGAGCUCGGCUGAUGAUGCAGCCCUCGGACUGGGCCCGUAUGUAAAUCCUAACGACGUGCAGACCUCCAACGGGACAUUAAUGGGGAGUGCCUGCACGCAAGAGACAAAACUUGACAAUCAAAGUGUUCCUGAAAAGCAAAAGCCAGUCAGUAAAGGAAAAGAUGACAUCAAAGAGCCACAAAACCAUGACAAGAACAGAACUACUGUUAGUAAUAAGACAGAUGAUGAGGAAAAACAACAGAUCGUGGCCAAAACACUGCUCAAGUCGAAGCAAGGAAUGACUUCUAACAAGAAUAAGGACUUGGUUUCAGAUAAACCAAACAACAUGAUAAAGGGAAAUAAAGUAUCCCAAAACAUGCCAUCCAAAAUCCAAAGAGCAGACCUGCACAAAAUUAAAUCUCUAAAAGAAAAGAAAGACAUUUCACCUUUGAAAAGGCCUGCAGAAAACACCCUAAGUGAGCCUGCUACUAAAAUGCAAAAGACACUGGGCACAGGAGAGAGUAAGGUGAAGCCAAAAUUGACAAGUACACCUAGCUCUGUAGUGAAGAAGAGCCCAUCAUCUGGCAACCGUGUUGAUCAGCAGGGACCAACUAAACAUACUCAUCCUCCCACUAUCCCCAAAGUUGAGACCACUAACCCGACGCCUGGUCGUCCAGGCCAUUCUUUAAAAACACCUGACGAAGGAGGUCAGGAAAAGUCCAAACUGAAAAAACCAGAGAAGAUCCUCCAAAGACAGAAAAGUAAAACUGCAAGAAGCAUCUCCGUGGAGGAGCCACAGCUGUUUAUUCCAGACAAUGCUCCUGUUGUGAAGAAGGAAGCUGCGGAGGAGCAACCCUUUAACAGCGAGACGGUAUGGGAUGGAAACAACUGUUGUGGCCUGUGCAAAAAACACCACAAUAACAUGUUCAUGGUAGGCUGCGGCCGCUGCGACGACUGGUUCCAUGGCGACUGCGUUGGUCUCGACCUGACGAAAGUACGUGAAAUGGAGGAGGAGGACCAGAUGUACGUGUGCUUGAAGUGCUGCGAGGACGAAAGCAAAAAGGUGGAGCCCGAGGCCCCGAGUGCAGCCAAACCAGAAGUUCAAGCGAAGGCGGAGGUACAGGAUCAUAAGCUGUCUCCCAAGCCCCAACCAGGACCCUCCCAGACACUCACAUCAGGGGGCGUCCGACCAGUAAGAAAGGAUCCUGAUAGAAGGCAGUCCACAGAUGUCAGAGAAUCAGCUUACAAAACAGGUUUUUAUCUGAAACAAGAGACAAAAAGUAAGACUCCAUCUUCAGCUUCAAAGAAGCCUGUGUCUGUGGAGGCAAUCAGGCGAAGUGUGCGUGAUUCUCUGAAAGAAAUCCUUAUACAGAGGUUGAAGGAGUCUGAUUUGGACGUCUCAGUGGAGAGGGCCUCUGAAGUUGCCAAGAAGACGGAGAGAGAGCUUUUUCACUUGUAUAAAGACACUGACAACAAAUACAAGAACAAGUACAGAAGCUUAAUGUUUAACCUCAAAGAUACUAAAAAUAAUGUCCUCUUUAAGAGGGUUCUCAGAGGGGAAAUCUCUCCUGGUAAUCUAAUUCGAAUGAGCCCCGAGGAACUGGCAUCGAAAGAAUUGGCUGCUUGGCGACAAAGGGAGAACCGACAUACAAUUGAGAUGAUUGAAAAAGAGCAAAGAGAGGCCGAGAGACGGCCGAUCACUAAGAUCACACACAAAGGUGAAAUUGAAAUUGAGAGCCAAGAACCAGUGAAGGCACCUGAGCCUGCUGAGCUUCAGUCUCCUCCCAAGGCGACAGAAGUCUCAGCAGAACCUCCAAAACCCCCUGAGAAAAAAGCAGAGAGUACCAACAAGGACAAAGACACAACCAACCAACACAAGUCUCACUUAUUUGACCUACACUGCAAAAUCUGCACAGGUCGUAUGGCGCCCCCUGUGGAGGAGGCACCAACCAAGGUGGUCAAAGUUGCUACUACAGUGGUCCGGAGGCAGUCCGCCAAAGCAGAAGAGACAAAGAGCACAAAACCUGCGAUCGACGACGACCUGCACCUCACUGUUUUAGAGGAGAGCUUCCGAAACGCUCAAGGCUAUGAAGGAAGGUCGGAUCAUAUAGCUGGAAGAGAUGAAGAGGCCGCUUUCCUUUCCAACCUGACGGUCCUGUGGCGAGGAUACAUUCAUAUGCACGCUGUGGCAAAACUCGUGACAAAAGCUUUCCCUGUCUCAGGCUUAUUUGACAACUUGACUGAGGAUCUUCCAGACAACAUUCAAGUUGGCGGAAGGAUAAGUCCACAGAUAGUGUGGGACUACUUGGAGAAGAUUCGGGCAACUGGAACAAAAGAGGUGGGCCUGAUUCGCUUCUCCCCUGAGACGGAGGAAGAUGAGAUCUCUUAUACUCUUCUGUAUGCCUACUUCAGCAGUCGUAGGCGUUUUGGGGUGGUGUCCAAUAACCUGAAACAAGUGAAGGACAUGUAUCUCAUUCCUUUGGGUGCCACUGAAAAAGUUCCACAUCAGCUUGUUCCCUUUGAUGGGCCAGGUUUAGAAAACAACCGUGCCAACCUUCUCCUUGGGCUCCUCAUUCGCCAGAGACCAAAAAGGGAUUUUCUUUCUGUUGACAUGAACGAAACUGCCAGGAUUAUUCCUGAAAUCAAGCCCAUCACCGUUUCCGCAAAAGAAACCAGAGCAACAGAGGAAGAUGAAAAAUUGUUCCUCUCUUCCUUGACUACUGCACAUAAAAAAGAGGACAAACCAGUUAACACUACUGAUGAUGUUGAUGAGCCAAUUACAGAGUCUGUGGAAGAACCAUCUGCAUCAGAGGAGACCAACAAUCAGGAACCAGGAAAACCACUACGCUUUCUUCCAGGUGUGUUAGUAGGCUGGGGUGGGGAAUUACCACCUCUGCCAGAUGUUGGAGGUAAACCUGCAACAAUAGCAGAUGACACCCAGAAGACCCAACCAGCUCCAAAAAUGGAGGCAUCAACUGGAAACUCAAAAAGUCCAACAGCUGCUGCAUCACGAGAUCGCUUUGUCAUAAAGAAGAAGGAAGCUAAACCCGUUAAAGCUGAACCGGAGCUAUCCAGCCCGACUGAUACAUCUGCUGCUAACAACUCAUCAGGAAAGGAGGCUGCAGUGGUGACCCAUGGGGCACCAGUCUCUCUGAAAGAUAAGCCUCCAGAUGUAUCGACUGAAGUUUUCCUGGCAAGCUUGUCAGCAGCUCCAGUUGGGACUGUAACUAGCAGCGCUGCCUGUGCAGACAAAGGCAACGCUGGCCUUUUGUCUGAAACUGAAAAAGCACCGACUGAAGGGAAUUGUUUGUUGCAGUCAGAAUCCCAGGCUGCUCCAGCUCAUGCUAAUAGCUCAAAGCCUCCUUUAAGUGGAAUACUGAAAAAAUCGUCAGCAUAUUACACUGUGAAUGAAGAUAAAACAACGGUGCUACAAAAGGAUAAAGCCAGCCACCCAGCUCCUUCGAGUCCCAAACCAGUUCCUGUGUUGAGCAGCACUAGAAAUCAUUCAGUUACACUAUUUCACCAAGGAUAUUUACAGGUUUCUCAGGCCAGAAACAAACCGCAGGAAGAAAGGCAAACAACUAUUCCAUCAUUCGCUAGUGAAAAGGAAGAUCCUGGCAUGUCCCAGGCUAAUGCUACAGUAACUCAGACAGUAUAUCCUCCUGCAGUCCAAGGACCACAGAUCGAGUGUUACACAGACACCUCUGAGCUCCAACACGACUCCGUAAUGGCACCAGCUCUCCCAGAAAACAACAGUACUGCACCUAUCCCAUCGCAGCAGCAACCGCCUCAGGUGCCUGGCAGCUACGACUACCCAACUGGCCCUCCUCCUAACACUUUCUCCAGCCCACACACCGAGGAUCAAAACCACAGUGCACCAUGGGCUCAGGGUAGCACUUCACACGCUCUUUCUGGACUUCAAUCACAGUACGCUGAGAGCUACCCUGAACCAGCUGGCCGACCUUCAUCCCUGGCCAAAGACUACAAGCGUCUAGAUGAGAGAUACUGUGACCCGUGGGAGAGGCCGCGAACAGCAGAGGACCGAGACCCCGGCAGGCAGAGCCAUCACAGGGACACUCAUCACGGGAAAAAGAGCAGACACCACGACCGGGAGCGGGAGAAAAGGCGUGAACGCAGCUAUGACAGAGAGAGGAGUAGGCACCACGGACACUCAGACGACCGCUAUGGUGAGAAAAGGAAAGAGAGGCACCACAGCGAGGAUCACAGCAGCCGUCAUAAGGACAGACACAGACAUAGACGGGACUCUGAUUAUGAGAAUGGACGGAGAAGUUCAAAAGACAGUUAACUCAUAAUUGUUUGUUUUUUUGUUUUUGUUUUUUUAAGCCCUGCUAGCAAGCGUUGGGGGCUCUAAGAAAGACUGCUAGCUUGUUGGUUACUUUGCUGGUUCAAACCACUUCAGGUAUAUUGGCUGAUAGUGGAGUUAUUUUAUACAGCGAUCUGCAGCUUGUAUGCCAUUUCCUUCAUACAAGUUCCAUUUUACGUUAUUGACAGUACAGCCAAAAUGAUUUGAUAAUAAUCAGUUGGAUUGUGAAGAUCUUUAUAGUCAUGUUCGCUUCGGACCAAGAAGAACUGAAUAUUGGAACAAUUUCAACAUUUUUAACCUUUUAUUGUAUGUAUUGUGUUCAUAUUGAGCUGCUGUGCUACCAAUGAUCAGUAAAUGUUUUCAGUCUUGUGGUAACAUACAAAACAAGUGUGGACCAUUUAGUGAAAAGUUUAAAUUGGCAUGAAUGUAACACAUAACAUGUUUAACUGAGAGCGGUGAUCUAAACAGCAGCUUUGCUUUCUUCCCCACAACUUAAAUUCUUUUAAAUUGCUUUAAUAUUUUAUAACUUACUUUUUUUGAAAAAGUAUGUACAUUUUGGCUUGUAAUAUACAUAGAUGAAGUGUGCCUUUGCACUGUGUUUAUGUACAGUUCUUAAUAAAGCUAAUCCUUUUUUAUUAUUGAUUAUAAAAAAACUUCUACUUCUUUCUAAAUGUAUUAAAGAUAAAACCACCUGGAUUUACAUUGCUGUAUUACAUGUUGUAGAUGUGUCUGCCUAGAAAUCAGACACAGGGACUUAAAUUUACAUUGUCACAAUUGUGUUUUAGAAAUUUGUCCAUUAGAAUAGUGACUGACCCCCAGGGAUUACAACAUAUUUGUUUGCGAUAUUUCAUCCAAUUGAGUUCAUCCAAAAGUCAGAUGAAACUCUAUCUGUACAGUGUUGAAGAAACAAGUAUUAAAAUAUAGUGUAGUGUGAACUUCCCUUUAAAAAAAAAUAAAAUAACUACUGCCAAGUG